UUAAAGAAUGUUUUACGUGAGAUUCUUAACAAGCAUGCAUUAUCGCAGCAAUCAUCCCAGUUGUCAAGAGCUCAGUUCAGAGAUGAUAAUCGCUUCUAUAAAGAUCGUUUACCACCAAAUAACGCACUAGAUUGGGCUUGUAAACUUAAUGACGGUACUCAAGAGACAGCUCCAAAUAGAUCACAAACUCCUUCAGCUUGA